AUGUCUGUCGCUGAUUCAUCGGUAUUCAAUCAAGAACAAUUAAUUUCUAAUCUUCAACUAAUUAAUAGUAUUGGACGAUUACUUGAAAUUGAUGCAACACAAAUCGAUAAUGGAGAAAUAUUCGUGACUAAAUUAUGUAAACUACAAAAUACUUAUUAUGAAACACAAAAUCGUUUAGAUACAUUUGAUGUUAUUCUACCAACAAUACAACAAAAUUAUAUUGAAAUGACAAAUUUGGCUAAAACACUACAUGAAAAACAACAAAAGAUAAUUAAUUGUCAAAAUCAAAAAUUCGACGAAUAUGAAUCAGCCCGUAUGACAGCAAUGGCUGAAACGAAAUUUGUUGAAAAUAAAUUACAAUCAUUUGAUAUUAAUGCUAAACCACCGGUUACUCAUACACAAAUUGAAAAAUUACAAAAAGAAAUUGAUAAUAUUCGAUGUGAAUAUGAAAUUCUUAAACAGAAAAUCGCUCAUUGGAUGCCAUGUGAUGAGCCAACAAUUGAUAGUUUAACAAAUAAAGUCGAAAGUGUACGAGAUGAACUUAGAGCAAUCGAAGAUGAAAUUUCAAUAUAUGCGUCAUCAUCAACAGUUUCAUCGAAACAGCAUUCAACUAAAUUGAACAGUAAUGACUAUGAGCUUUACUCUACAGGUGGAGAUGAUGAUCAGUUUGCUUCGAAUAUGCCUUAUCGAAUGGUAAAUACAAAUAUGGAUUCAGUUGUUGAUUAUUUAAGCGAUGAUGAAUCUGACUCUGACGUACCAGCUGGAUGUAAUUUGGAUAUACCUAAUCCUGUACGUGAAGUAAUUUGUCAAAUGCUUGACAAUUAUAUGAAUGAUGAUAAAACAAAUACAGAAAUUGAAUUUCCAUCAUCAUUAUUUUGCCAUGAACGGAUUUUUGUUCGUCAACAAGUACAACAACGAAAGCUUGUUUGUAGAACUUUUGGACGUGGCGCAUCUCGGGUAAUCGCUAUUUCAAAAUCUUCGAAUGAAUCCGUUUCAAAUAAUACCACUGGUUCAACUAAACAAAUAGCAUUUUCAUUGAAUAACUCGCAAUUAAUGCAUGAUGUUAAUCUCUAUUUGCAAUCAUGUCCUAUAUCAGCUGGAGAUAAUGAGUUACUUCAAGCAAAAAUACAAAAAACACCGAGUUCACUCAACGAUUGGUUUUAUUGCACGUUAUUACGAUCGGGCAAUCCACUUGCUAAAACAGCAGACAUAAAACCACGCAUGCCAGAUCAAAAAUUUCUUUCUCAUGAACAUCUCAUUCGAUUAUUACCUAUUGAUAAAACGUCAACACGUGAUAAUUUACUUCAGUCAAUUGAAAGUAAUAAAAUGAUAUUCUUAAAUGGACCACCAGCGAUUGGAAAAUCGAUUCGAGUUUGUCAAUAUUUAAAUGAUGAUCAUUUUGACAAACAAUGGCCUAUUCGUAUUCUCCAUAGCUGUGCAAGUAAUCUUUCUGCAUAUGCAUUGUCAACUAUUCUAUCAUCAUUCAAUCAGCCAAUCGAUUGUUUUACAUUUGAAAACAUGUCACUAACUGCUGAAGCAACAUCAUUGAUUACCGUGACAACUCAUGAAUUGCUUUUACAUACAUUAAUAGGUGGAGAUCAUUUAUUGAAAUCCUCAAUAACACAUUUAAUUAUUGAUGAUGUACAUAAACGAUCGCAUACAUUGGAUAUGUUAUUAGCUUAUUUAAAAGAUACACAGCAUAAAUUUCGACAUUUAAAAAUAAUUCUCAUACAAACAACAAUACACUAUGAUACAUUGGUGAAAUAUUUUGGAAAUGUUGCAACACAUACAAUUGAUAUGAAUGGUAUUGCAACUGAAAAGAUUGAAGAAAUAUUUCUUGAUCAAAUUUUAUUUGAUAUUCAACGAAUGGACCAAAGCAGAUCUAAUUAUGGAAUGCAAUUAUUAGAUCAUUGGUGCCAUUUAGCAGAACAAUCGGCUAUUCAUCAUCAGAUAUCAUCCUUGAUUAUCCCUGAAUCAUGUCAAGCUAUUUAUUCAUUAUUAGAACAAAAUAUGAAGCCAGAAGAAAAAUAUUUCAAUAAUUUAAUCGGUCGAUGUUUUACAAAUGGAUUAAUAGAAGAUUUUCAAUUGAUGGUGAAUUUUAUUAUGCAACAGCCUAAUCAAUGUAACCAUCAACAUCCAUUAACACUGAUAACUCCAUUAAUGUGUGCAUCAAUGUGGAGCUUAACAGCAUUAAUUCAACGUUUAUUAUCAACCGAUAAUAUACUAGUUAAUCUUCGUGCUAUAAAUAAUUUUUCACCAAUUGAUUUUGCACGAAAAUAUGCAACUAAUGAAACUAUUGAUUUACUUGAGAUAAAUAUAACACAUGAUCCUCUUCUUUUGGAACAACUAUUAAGUUUAACAAAUAAUAAUGCAAAUUCUACAGCAUUAGUGAAAUAUUACUUACAAACACGAAAAUUCGAUGAUGUUAUUGAUUACGAAUUGAUUUUAUCAAUUAUUAAAUAUAUGUGUCAAAUACAAUCUGGUCAUAUUCUUGUAUUCUUACCUGGUCCAGAUGAGAUAUCAAUAUUCACUGAUCUAAUUUUGAGUACAAAUUUUUCAAACGAAUUUGCCAUCGAAGUUCAUGCGAUUUUGAAUACUACUUCAUGGCCAUUCAUCAAUAAUGAUCGUUCACGAUUAUUAAUUCUCUGUGAUGCUAGCUGUGAAACAGGUGUACCUUUUCGUAAUAUUUGUUGUGUUAUUGAUACAGGAAUUACUCUUGAGAAAUGUUAUCAUACAACAUCAUCGAAGUUUUUACCGAAAUACAAUUGGAUAAGUCAAACGAGUGCUACAGAAAGGAAAUAUCGGGCAAAUUUAGAAGAAGGUGGUAUUUGUUAUCGAUUAUUUCCUCAUUCGUUAUUCGAUGAAAAAAUUAAUGAGAAUAUCAAUUCAGAAAUGGCUCGACAACCAUUACUUGAAAAUAUAAUGCAAGCAAAAUUAUUUGCCUGGACAAAUUGUUCUGUUGCAGAAUUUAUGUUAAAAUUACCAUUUCCUCCCCCGUUCGCUAUUGUUCGGGCUGGUAUUUCUCAAUUAAAAAAUCUUGAUUUACUUGAUAAAUGGGAAGAUCUCGUCGAAUUAGGCGCAUUUUGUUUAGCAUUGCCCAUUGUCAGGUUACCCUAUGCAAUGAUGAUUGUUUAUGCUCACCUUUUUAAAUGUCUCCGGCCAAUCUUAAUUAUUGUAUCAACACUCAUCAUUGGUGAUCCAUUUCAAUCGAAGCCGAAUAAUCGUUCCUCAUUAGAGUUCAAAGGGCGAUUAGUAUCAAAUAAAAAUUCAGAUCAUUUUGUUUUUUAUCAAUUAUAUUUGCAAUGGGAACAAUCAACUGAUAAAAGACAAUUUUGUAUCAAUCAAAAUAUAAAAUAUUUUCGGAUGAAACAAAUUGAUUGUUUUAAAAAAUCAAUUAUUGAUUAUUUAAUUAAUAUAAAAUUUUCAAAAUUUUUCUAUUCAAACAAUGAUGAAAAUAUUGAUUUAAAUGAAAAUUCUUCAUGUUGGCCACUUAUGCAGGCAAUACUUGUUUGUUGUUUGCCACAAAAUUUAAUUUCAUACGAUCAACAAUGGUUAUCAAGUCGCAAUGAAUUAGUUACUCUCGAUCAAUCGUCAAUAUUAAAUCAUGUUCAAUGGAAUGAACGCGAUAAAAUUCGUUUUGCUAUAUGUGAUGACAUAAUACGUUCAACAAAAGGCUUAUUUAUUGGAAAGUAUUGUACAUUGAUUGAAGAUAUUGUUUUAUUAUUUUUUGGAACAAUUAAUGAUGCAUUAAAAUUAAAUGAUUAUCAAAUCGUUCUGUCGGAUAAUAAUCUAUUCAAAUUGCGAACUAAAUUAAAUGCAUGUAUAAAACGAAAAUUGCAAUCACUCGGUUGUGAUAACGAUACAACAAAUGAUUAUCAUUCGUUUAAUCUGCUGGUAAAGAUUUUUUCAAAUAUUAAUUAA